AUGUCUAGAUUUCAUCCUGAAAAUGAGCUCCUCCCUAAGAUCAUUGACCAUUAUGCUCAUGAAAAGCCAGACAAGAUAUAUGCUGAAUACCCAAAGUCCCUCACAAGCUAUGAUAAUGGAUUCGAGGCAAUUACCUACCGUGAUUUCGCCAAUGUCAUUAACGGUAUCGCCCAGUGGCUGACAGAGACAUUUGGUCCUGGGAAUGACGAUACACUAGCCUACGUCGGUCCUAACGAUCUACGAUAUCCCGCUCUUGUAAUCGGCGCAAUCAAAGCCAACUACUGCAUGUUUUUUCCAUCACCUCGCAACAGCGUCGCUGCCAAUGAAUCUCUUUUUAAGAACAUCAGAUGCACCAGAAUACUCACACCCACUGUACGAUCACCACUUGUCGCUACAACAAUCGAUAGCUUGGGCUUAACGGCCCAUGAUGUGCCGGGAGUGGAUGAACUGCUUGCUGGAAACUACGCACAUUUCCCAUAUACAAAAACAUACCCGGAAUCAGCAAACGACAGAUUUGUCGUACUCCAUACCUCUGGAUCAACAGGACUUCCCAAACCAGUCACCUGGUGCAAUGAAGUGGUUAAUCGUCACAUCCGCAUGACGACGCUGAAACCACCAAAAGGCUUCGAAUCUAUUGAUAGAUGGACGGAUGGGAAACGACAGCUCAGCGCCAUGCCACCUUUCCAUGCCGCUGGUAUUGCAAUUCUCCUAUUCAUCAGUAUCCCCGCCGACAUGACAGUCAUCACAACCACUUCAGGCGGACUGCCAACAGCUGCAGAUUUGGUGAAGGUGUUGAAAGCCACACACGUCGACAACGCGCUUCUACCCCCAUCCCUCAUAACGGAACUAGCCUAUAGCUCCGACCUCUUAGAUUAUGCUAGCAAGCAUCUGGAUUUCAUAGCCUACGGCGGCGGUGAUCUACCCCAGACAAUUGGAGAUAUAGUAGCCACUAAGGUAAAAUUGGUCAACCGACUCGGGGCUACUGAGAUAGGAAUGUUGAGCUCCAUCCAAUCGCUCUCCAAUAAUGAUCCACUCAAAGAUUGGAGAUACAUAAACUUCCAUCCAGAAUUAGGAGUCGACAUGCGCCGCGUGACAGAAGAAGAGUAUGAACUUGUUAUGGUGCGUUCGCCAGAGCGCGAACGGCAUCAGCUCCCAUUCAAUAUCUUCCCAGAGCUUAAAGAGUAUUCUACACACGACCUCUGGGUUCGUCAUCCAGAUAAAAACAAAGCUGAUUUAUGGCGGUGGAGUGCGCGUACCGACGAUGUGAUUGUGUUCCUGAAUGGUGAAAAGACGAAUCCGAUCUCCAUGGAGCAGCAUAUUGUUAUAGCGAAUCAAGAGGUCAAUAUGGCACUGGUUGCUGGAACUCGUCGCUCCCAAGCAUCACUUCUAGUAUGUUAUAGCGAUGGAAAACUCAGCUCUAGCGAACGGGCUGUUGCUAUUGAGAAAAUCUGGCCGAGUAUUGAGGAGGCGAACAUGGUCUGUCCAGCACAUGCUCGUAUCGCCAAAACACACAUUCUGUUCGUGACGUCUGACAAACCAAUGGUGCGCUUGGGGAAGGGUACCGUAUCGCGUGCAGGAACCAUUAGGCUGUACGCGAAGGAGCUGGAUCAGCUUUAUUCAGACGCAGACCAAGUAAUUCCACACCAAGAGAUUCCCGGCCCCGGGCGAGUGGACAAUCCUGAGCAAGUGUUUGAAUUUAUUGGAAAGUCUCUGGCAGCCAUUACGGGCUGGGGAAUAGAUCAGAUCAGCAGUGCUGAAAACCUCUUCCAUCUUGGUCUAGAUUCCUUGCACGUUCUCACUGCGGCUCGAUCUCUCGCACACGGCCUUGACUUGCCGUCAUUUGCACCGAGUAUAAUUUAUCUUCACCCUUCGCUUGAUGACCUCACGCAAGCGGCUUUACAGCUCGUAAAAGCCGAGUAUGCUUCGAAGGAAGCUGCCACUGAGGCACAGCUUCGUGAUAGAGAAGAUUUCUUGCAAAGGUUCCUCAGCCAAAUUGAAGGACCGAAGGCACAACCAUGCCUCCACUCUCAAUCUCACACCGUAAUUCUGACUGGAUCGACUGGGAGCCUGGGCACAUAUCUCCUAGAUACACUGCUGAAGAACCCACGCGUAUCCCAUAUCCACUGCCUCAAUCGCAGAGCAAAUGGGUCUGAGGUUCAGAGCGAAAGGAAAGAGUUCUACAACUUGACCUCGCCACUAGAUCCCAACCGCGUCACAUUUUGGCACACAGACCUUUCCCAAAACGGCUUUGGCCUCGAUCUCAAUGCGCUACAACAUCUACAAGACACAACGACAGUCAUAAUCCACAACGGCUGGAACGUCAACUUCAACCUCUCACUACCAUCCUUCAAGCCCGAUCUUUCAGGCGUAACAAACCUGAUAAACUUUGCAGGCGCAGCCUCCAGGCCACCCCGAAUUUACUUCAUUUCGUCCAUAGGUUCCGUCGUAGGACAUAUCACCGACAAUGGACUCAUUCCCGAAAAAUUAUUGACAACAACAAGCCCCGGAGUGAACGGAUACAGCGACAGCAAAUACAUAGCCGAACACCUGCUCGGCUAUGCGUCAGACAGAAGAUCACUCCGCACAUCUUUCGCAAGAGUGGGACAAAUUGCCGGCGCAGUCCGCACUCCCGGUCUUUGGAAUAAGUGUGAAUGGUUCCCUAGCCUUGUGCUGAGCUCUAUGCAGAUCGGAGCUUUGCCGUACAGUGUCGGUCCGACGUUAGGACGAAUUGACUGGGUUCCAAUUGACUUCCUAGCUGAGAUCUUAGUCGAGCUCGCACUUAGUAACUCUUCUUCGGAUUUAAACUCAGUGGACGUCUCCCACCCGUUAAAUCUGCAUCCGUCCACAUGGAGUGAGAUCCGCCCUAUAGCUUCCAGAAUCCUCUCUGAACUCACAGGACGACAGCUAGAAGCCAUUCCCCUUGGUGAAUGGGUACAGCGAGUCCGUCAGGAUGUCGAGAUGGCUGGCAGUCAGAGCGAGUUACAGGAACUCUUGGAGAAGAACCCAGCGGCAAAAAUACUUGAAUUCUUUGAAGCUGAGGCGUCCAAUGCCGAACUAGAAUUGGAAAUGCGGUUUGAUACUGAAGAGACGAGCAAAGUAAGUGGGAAGCUGCGUGAUUUGAAUCCUAUUCACGCGGAAUGUAUCAGCAAGUGGAUUCUAGAGUGGAUAGAAUCGAAGUGA